AUGACAUCUCUCGUUGAUGGAGAUAGGCUGUCGCAAAUAACACAAGCUCUCGAAGCUACUUACGAUGCGCGAUCGACCAACAAUACACGAAGAGCAGCGCUUGAAUUCCUCGAUGGCGCCAAGAAGCAAGCAGACGCGCCGCAACACGGUUACUCGCUAGCUAGCGAUCCCUCGCAACAACCUGCCAUCCGUCACUUUGGUCUCUCACUGCUUGAGUUCGCCCUUCGCUACAGAUGGGAGGACUACGGCCAGAAUGAAGCCCAGACCCUGCGUAGCUGGAUCCUCAACCUCGCCCAGAACGUAUCCGAAUCCGAUCCUCAAUAUUUCCGCAACAAAGUAGCUUCGCUAUGGGUCGAGGUUGCANAAAGAUGCUGGGGUGCAGAAUGGUUGGAUAUGGAUGCUCUCCUGAUAGCCUUGUGGGAGACGACAGACGACAGCAAGCAGCUGGUAUACAGGCAGAUGGUGCUGUACAUACUGGAGUGUCUGUCUGAGGACAUCUGCAACAGAGAAGACCCAGUCGCUGGUCUCCGUCAAGAUGUUCUCGGCCAAUGCUUGAACGAGGUUGUCAUCCCCAGUCAAUUGUAUAAAGACCAUCUCGAAUCGCGUGGCAGCUCGCAGAAUGUGCGCCACACUCAAGAUGGUUGGCUUUCCCGCAUGUGCGCCUUCCUCUUCCAGUGCUCCACAGUUAUCCAUCAAGGCGAUCAACGAGUCGUCAUCUCUGCCACCAAGACUCUCGAGGCAUUGAGGCCGACAGUGACAUGGCUCAGCUUGAGAGCCUUGACCGAGACUCAGUGUGCUCAAUCUCUGUACAAGAUGCUUGCUGCUGGUGAUGCUACUGUGCAGACGGCCAUUUUGAGCCGCCCCUACAACCCCCACUUCCACGAAUCGUGGUCUCAAAUCAUGUUGUCCGUACUGCAAUUCGAUCACAUUGAGCUACUGAAAAACAUCCAUCUGAGCUGCAACACUUCCGCCGAUGAUAUUGACGAGCCCAAGUACACUUUACAGAAGAAGCUAUCUGAGAGAGUAGCCAUUCUCNUUGGUACCUGCAGCCAACGUCUCAUCAAGUACGAGUCGUUGUCACACGAAGAGCUGCCGGUAAUUCUGUACUUGAAUGAGGACUUCGAGAACCCUCCCGAGCUUCAUUCCUUCCUUGGCAACUACCGGAGAUACUGCAUUACAGUCAUAGAAAACAUUGCUUACUACAUGCCUCAAGAAGCAGUCGGCCACAUAUUGGAUCAAACAGUGCAAAUGGUCGACACAAUCUGCCAAGAGUUCAGACCACCUUUUCCAUCUACAGGUCCCGCAAAGACGCCAAUUCCUGUACUGCAAUUGGAAUCCCAAGCAUCCGUUCUUAGGAGUACGAUGAAUGGCUUCAUCCAAUGGUACAGCAAAGCUUCGCGACCAGAGUCCAAGUCUGAUCAGCACACCACUAACAAUGUUUACGGCGUGACGCUCACGAAUCUGCGUGACUUUUGUUACAAACUGAUGACGAUGAAGCCGCAACAUCCCGAGAUAGCUCGCCUUACAACACAUAUCGCGGUCAACGUCUUGGUGAAGACAUUGCAAGGGCAGCCUGAGUUGGUCAUAAAGAUUCUCGACUACUGUCUGAGCCUACAGUACACGGACGAUGGCUCGAACAAGGAUUACUCGGCUGCUGUUAAGAACUUCCAAGGAGCACGUUUGGGCGAAAUGCAACGAAUUGCCAUGUCGUUCCCAGACUAUCUCCUGGACGUCUACUCUGACCUGGAAGCCCGAGUCAAUACUCUCAUGUCUGCUGAAGACGCCGACGAGCGUACCAAGUGGGGUCUUCAGGCGUUCUUGUUCAUCGUUGUACACCGAGCAUCUGCCGUUGACUCUCAAGCACGACUUACCCGUCUCCAACAAAUUAUUCAGCCUGUGGUCGAGACUUGGCAAAACCCUCAGUUGACUGNNGAAGCACUGUCAACUUUCUCUGGUUUCUGCAAUGUCGUUGGUCUCGAAGGUUUGCCACAGUAUCUCUCAGCCCAGAGAUUUGCUUCUGUCCAAGACUGGCCAAGUCAACCCUUGGACCAGGAAGGCAAGGCACGCCAGACAGAUGUGCAGAUGAAAGUCAUGCGUCUGCCUCUCAACGCCACUAAGAAUCUCCUCGCAGCCACUACCGAGAAGCUAAAAGAGUCAUCACGCGAGUACCAGAUCGGUGCUCAGGUUUGGGGUCCGGCAAUGCAAGCCAUGCUGUCGAACGUGCUGCAGAUGACCAGACACGCCACAUCCUUUCCCAACAGUAGCAACUGGUCAAACUUCCCUCCCGAAUUACAGAUGGUAAUGCAGAAGAUGCUUGUCGACAGAUUUUGGCAAGCGGGUAUCUCAAACGAAAGUAGAGAUGAAUUCUAUGCUCGCAUUGCCGAGAGCGGAGAUACUUAUGAAGGCUUCGCCUCUGUAAUACGUGGUAUUCCUCGCCAGAUUAGAGAUUGGUGCUACCAUAUCAUCUAUGGCAUGACGAGAUUCGAAGAGGAGUUCUUCGGACUGAAGGAACUGCCUGGACCUUUGGCCGAGGCGUUACUUACAGAUGCUUCGUCUUUGUCCACACAUCACUUGCAAAGACUGAUUGCAUUGGUGGAACGACUCGUUCAGAGAUGUCCAGCCCAUCACAGGAGACACUUCAUGCCACCGAUACUGUCAUUGUUCUUCUCGCAGACGGACAAGAAGAUCAGUGCCGAGUGGGAAGUCAUCGAAAAGUCGAGUACACAAUCCGUUGAAGGUGAAGAUCAGUUAAACGAUGAGAUGAAGGCUGAGAGCGUAUUGCGGGCAACAACAUAUGCAGUCGUCAACUUUGCAUCCACUAUCCUCGACCAACGAGCAACAGGUUCGCACCUUCCCUAUUCCAAGCUUUCUACCAAAACAUGCAGACUUACACGCACAGACGUCACAUCUUCAACUCACCCUCAAUCCUCACAACUUACAAUGCGCAAUCUCGUUCUCUCCGAGCCUUCCGUUCUGGAACCACUGAUCCUCUUCUGCACCCACACCCUACGCAUGCGCGACUCCCGCUGCUGCACCNUCAUCUGUCGCAUCCUGCGCUCCAUCCUCCCUACCUUUGUCGCCGACACUGCCCCAGCACCACAAGUCCGCGAAUUCAUCAGCACAGAAGUCCUCAAGGCUUGCAUUACCUCGCUCAACGAACCUUACUUUGUCGACGUCCAAAGGGAUUUGGCGAAUCUGAUCGCUAAUAUCGUGGCGUUGUACUCGCCUCUCUCGUCCACGGCUAGAGACGUGUUGCUCUCUUUGCCAGACAUGGGUCAACAGAAAGUGGACCAAGCGAUCGAGAGGAUCGUGGGUACUAGCAGUGAGCGCACACAAAGAAUAUUGGUGCUGGAACUACUGGAGGGUGUCAGAGGUGUUUCUAUUCACGAGGCGGGAAAGAUCGAUAGAAGAGAUACCAAGGCUAAGAGGAGUGCGAUGCAACAGCAAUAUAUGGAGGUUGAGCAGAAACCUGCUGGAGGCAAGAGGGAGCAGAGCCCCAAGUUGGAAGGAAUGGCUGAGAUGUUUGGAGGAGAUUGA